CAGGUGUCCUUCCGUGUUAAUGAAGAGGAGGGGGCCUUUCCUGUUCAAGUGAACACAUCGGCUAUUGAGGAUAAGUUGAAGACAUUACAGCUAAAGGCGGCUCCUACCAAACACGACAGUCUGUAAUUGUUAAAACAGCUCCACCGGCCGGAUUCGGACGGCUUCAUGCUCUGUUCCAGCGGGGACGUUUGAGUGUUUGGGCGGCUGUGCUGAGCCAGGUGUCGGGCCACAGUGUGUGGGGAAAAUGCCAUCUUUUUCAUGGAGGAUUUGGCCUGCACUGGUUUUGCUUCUCUUCCCUUCCACUGUGGCUUCACAAGAGGAGUCGUCACUGCUGGAAGGCUGGCAAGAUGUGUGGCUCUUUCGCUUCCUCGUCAACAUGCUGGGAUAUUCCACGAUCAUUAUUCCUGGCUACCUGCUCAUUAGCUACUUCAAACGCACCAAUUAUCUCGAAACUGGUAGUGGGCUUUGCUUUCCUGUCAUAAAGACCUGUGUAUUUGGCAGUGAAGCCAAAACAGGUCUGUUGGAUGACGUGUCAGUUACCACAAGGAAUGAGGGAGAUUCAGGCUCAUCUCUCAGACAGGCAAUCAAGUUAGUGUUUUGUGCUGCUGGGCUACAGGUGUCGUACCUGACAUGGGGAGUCCUACAGGAGCGGGUGAUGACGCGUUCUUAUGGCACAUCAGCUGAAGAAGAAGGGGAGAGAUUCAAGGACUCGCAGUUCUUGGUCUUCAUGAAUCGUAUCUUGGCUCUGACCGUGUCAGGUCUCUGGUGUGUCAUGUUCAAGCAGCCACGUCAUGGAGCACCAAUGUACAAAUACUCUUUUGCAUCACUGUCCAACAUCCUGAGCAGCUGGUGUCAGUACGAAGCCCUCAAGUACAUCAGCUUCCCCACUCAAGUCCUGGCUAAAGCCUCUAAAGUUAUCCCUGUCAUGCUCAUGGGAAAGAUCGUUUCUAGAAAGAGCUAUGAAUACUGGGAGUAUUUAACUGCUGUUCUGAUCUCGGUGGGCGUCAGCAUGUUCCUGCUGUCCAGCACGACGGGAAAACACCCGUCCACCGUCACCACCUUCAGUGGGAUCAUCAUCCUCAUCGGCUACAUUGUGUUUGACAGCUUCACCUCCAACUGGCAGGACAACCUGUUCAAGUACAAGAUGUCGUCAGUGCAGAUGAUGUUUGGGGUGAAUCUGUUCUCCUGCCUGUUUACGGUCGGCUCGCUGCUGGAGCAGGGUGCCUUCUUCGACUCACUGGCCUUCAUGACACGACAUUCAGAGUUCGCCUUACAUGCCGUGUUGCUGUCUGUGUGUUCGGCAUGUGGCCAGCUCUUCAUUUUUUACACCAUUAACCAGUUUGGUGCUGCCGUCUUCACCAUCAUCAUGACCCUGCGGCAGGCCAUUGCCAUCCUGCUGUCUUGUUUCCUUUAUGGUCAUGCCAUCACCCUGGUGGGUGGCUUCGGUAUUUCCAUAGUUUUCUUGGCACUUUUCCUACGGGUGUAUGCACGUAGUCGCAUGAAGGCAGGCCGGCGGUCAGCGCAGCCACUAGCACAAAAGGUGUAGCACUGACAAGUGCCACCAAACUGGGAACUGAGACCACGUUUUCUGUGGUGCUUUUUUUGUGGUGUGUAUUUGUUAAAGUUUUUCUUUUUUACUGUUUAUUUCCAUGUUUUUUUCAUUUUAGGAACGGUACAGAAAGGGAUUCUACAGUUUUGACUCUUACACCAAGAUGCCCCCAAGGGGUCCAUGUGAUUUGUCUGGUCACCAGUCACAGAAGUUUCGAGUGCCUGUACGAUUGUCUGAGUCCCAAACUACAAACUGCCUCCUCACAGUUUUACAGUAGUUUAUUUCCUCAAAGCACCAUAUGUGGCUUGUGCAGCCAUUUACUGUGACCCAGAAAAUGUAUUUUGACUGUAUGAAUUAGCAUUAUUAUUAUUAUUAUUAUUCAUACCUGUUACUUUAUGACAUUGCCCCAUACUUGGCUUUAUCUCAAAUAUUCAGUCACCUUGGUAAAUACACUUUCCGUUUCAUUGUUUGUUAUUCAGUUGCUUAUCUCACACUCCUCCAUGUUGGAGCGCAGGGGCCUUGAUGUGUCUUAAUGUGGGCUUUUACCUUGUAAAGCUGUAAACAUAGCCUGAACACACGGUGCAUAUAUUAAUGUUUAAUUUAAAAUAUAUUAACAAGCUCCAGAUACUACCAUCUAGCGGGUGGUAAACAACUCUUUACGUUGUUUUUACAAAUUGUAUAAUUUUGCUCCAACAUGGCUGAACCAGAUGCUGCUGUGGGUUCACACAUUUUUUGUUGGCUUAACAACAACAGAUUUUACUAAAUGUUUGAAGAUCACUCUAAAUUCAUGUAAAUAUAACUUUGAAUUAUUGUUCAUUUCCAGCUUGUCUGUUGUGUACUUUUUGUAAAAACACUUACGUGUUUUCACUGUUCAAUGUGAAUGUUUGGUAAAGACUAAAUGGAUGACGUUGACAGUGUUUUUUUGGGGGGAGAACAGAAUGCAUACAAAGGAAAUGCAGUGUACUUGGUGACUUGUUUUUAUUAUUCUAAUAUUUCCUCUGGUAACUGGAUUAAUAAUAAAACACAUUAAAUUAACAUAAAACU